AUGGCUCCCUCAUGGUUACCUCAGAAUAUACAGAAACGUAUCUUUAGAUACAUUCUUGCCAGGUUAGAGGUAUUCUCUGAUCUCGAUCUCAAGAACCUGGAUGUAUCGGUUGGUACGAAAACCAACUUGACCCUACGUGAGGUUCAGCUGGAUACUGAUAAAUUCACCCUACCAAAUGGAGUAUUUGUUCGAAGCGGCAAGUUAGGCACGUUAAACCUGAGUAUUGGUGUUGGGAAUGGUGUGGAAAUCGACGGUACUGAUGUGGAGUUCACCGUUGCGUUGUCUUCUAGCUCAUUAGAUGAAGAUGAUUUAACUGAUCUGCUGAGUCGUACGACUGCAGAUUUGGCUGUAAGUUUAUUGGACGACAAUACCCGAGAGAAACAACAUGGUUCAUCUGCCAAGGAUUCGAAAAAGUCACAGGAUACAUCGGAUUCAGACUCAGAUGAUUCUGGCACGGGGGUCACAGGAUAUGGAUUCGGUGAGCUGCCAAACAUGGUUACUAAGGUGGCUGAUACUGCUCUAUCUCAACUAUCUAUCAUGCUACAUGGUAUAAAAUUGCGUCUUAUUAUUGACGAAGACUGCAGCCUAGAGAUUCAUGUGUCAAAGGUACAGCUCUCAACGGGAAAGGAUGGUUUACGAACUAUACGGGUAUCAGAAAUAGAGAUACUCACUCCCAAAAUCAAAGACACUGUUGAGAAUAAUGAUGAUGACGACAUACUAAAUCAUGAAACUGACACCGAAAGAGGUGGUGAGGAUAGCUUCCAUAUGGAUGAAAUGCAAAAUUCCUUGAUGCAGAGUACACUAUUUUCGCAUGAGGAGGCGAGUACUAUGUAUAUGAGUGCUAUGUCCUCUAUGCUUCAAAGUAAAGAACAAGAAGCACAAUUGGACCGCUUAUUGUGGUGCGAUUUCUCCGAACUAUCAUUUAAAGGCCUGCUCAGGUCGGAUUUCAGUCUCAAUAUUGGCACGGUUAACAUUUCAACGGUACCUGUUUCCCAUGUAUUGAGCACCAUAGUUAACUUUGUUUUGAAGUUUGAAUCAAAUACUACCAAGGCAAAAGAAGAUGCUUCAAAUGGUCUUACACAUAAUGACCAUGACAACGGAAACCUUAUUGCAAGUAAUGAAGUAACUGAUAACUCGCAGGCUACACAAUUCACUUUAAAGGCGGGCGUCAAAGCAGUGCACAUAAGCAUGAGCAGUCUUCUACCGGAUGGUUUAUUUGAAUCAGAAGAAUCUCUUACUUUUGAGGUAUCGUCUAUUAACUUGAACAUAGAUAACAAACAACAAUUGUUGACUGUAUCCAACAUAAUUCUGCGUCAAGGUAAUGAGCCGGUAGUAUGGUUUGCCAAGAAGACAGGAGAUGAAGAUGAGGAUUUAGUAUGUCAUCUCGGAAACAAAGUUACAGUCCUACUACCACAUCCUGCAUCAUUCUAUUUUGACACAGAUACAAUCGUCAAUAUAUCGGAAGCCAUUAAAUUGUUUUCUGAUCUCCAGAUAAGUCAGCCUUCUCAAUCACCUUCUUCAUCUUUAUCAAGUCUCCGGCCCAAGGAUGGCAAAAACGUUACCGCCAAGUUUAAUACAAUAGAGGGACAAAUUAACACAGGCUCUACUACCGUCAGAGCUACUAUUUUCCCUAGUAAUUUUGAGAAUGGUAAAUUGCUCAUUGACACUGUGCGCUUUUCGAUAAAACACAACGAUAGUACUUAUAAAGCGGGCUCUAUAGAGGUACAGGAUAUCUCUAUCGUUUUUGGGGGCCAAAGCCUGGCACUCUCCACAGCAAUCUUCUCUCCAGAUUUAGAACAGAUUCAGGCUCCUGUUAAUACACAGUUGCAUGUAUCAACGGUAAUGAUAGGAAUAAGCCAGCCAGUUCUGGAUACCUUGAUUUCUGAUCUGAAAUCUAUACAUUCAUUGGUAGGAUCGGCUCUUGAAAGCCGGUCUGUUGCACAAUUGAGACAAGUUCGGAUACAGGAAAGCGAACUAGUCAAGUUUAGUGUGGUCAUUGCAAAAGUUGAGGUCGAUUACUCAUUCCAAUCUGGAGAGGAAUCCUGUGUUAUCUACACAGAUUUGGGCCAAAUAGAACUCAAUGUUCUCGAGUCAGCAUCAACCCAAAUUUCCAUUUAUACAGUUUUUGUUACCCAUGACUUCAAAAUCAAGGACUCUUCAUCUUCGUAUGUUGCUCUGCUCUACAAAGCCAAUCCUAGUGAAAAGGUAUGUUUAUAUGUCACAAUUGCAAGGCACCAGAGACACUAA